UCGAAAGCAUAACGGGCGAUAAUUAUGGAAUUAAUCACUAGCAUGAGCACCAACAACAGCAACAACAAGUCCACCAGCGGCGGUGGCGGUUGGCGGUUUCGCAAUAAUAAUGUCCCUUCGUCGGCCGUAGUGCGAAGAUCGAAACCAGCCAUUAUGCAGCCAUUAGCUCCCAUUGUACUGCUGGUGUUGGUAGCGUUUAGCCACAUGCCAAGGCUGGCGAUGGCCAACGCACAGCCACCAACCGAGAAGAUCCCACUAGGUGCAAUAUUUGAGCAGGGUACCGAUGAGAUACAGUCAGCGUUCAAGUUUGCGAUGCUCAAUCAUAAUCUCAACGUUACUGCCCGACGCUUUGAGCUGCAGGCGUACGUCGACGUGAUCAACACGGCGGAUGCGUUCAAGCUUUCCAAACUGAUUUGCAAUCAAUUUUCCCGCGGCGUUUUCGCCAUGCUUGGAGCCGUCUCGCCGGAUUCCUUCGAUACGCUGCACUCGUACAGCAACACCUUCCAGAUGCCGUUCGUGACGCCCUGGUUCCCGGAGAAGGUUCUCACACCGUCGUCCGGCUUCCUCGACUUCGCUAUCAGCAUGCGGCCCGACUACUAUCAGGCCAUCAUCGAUACGGUGCGGUACUACGGUUGGGAUCGGAUCAUCUACAUGUACGACUCGCACGACGGCCUACUGCGGCUGCAACAGAUCUACCAGGGACUGCGGCCAGGCAACGAAACCUUUCACGUCGAGACGGUCAAGCGGAUAGCGAACGUAAGCGAUGCGAUAGAGUUCCUGCGCACCAUCGAGGAGCUGAACCGGUGGUCCCGGAAGCACAUCGUCCUCGACUGUAGUACCGAGCUGGCCAAGGACAUCGUGGUCAGUCACGUCCGGGACAUCACGCUCGGCAAGCGGACCUACCACUAUCUGUUGAGUGGGUUGGUGAUGGAUGAUCGCUGGGAGAGCGAAGUUAUCGAGUACGGGGCAAUCAAUAUCACCGGCUUCCGAAUCGUCGAUACGAGCAAAAAGUACGUCAAGGAGUUUCUUGAUGGAUGGAAGCGAUUAGAUCCGACCACAUCGCAGGGCGCUGGGAAGGAACUGAUCUCGGCCCAGGCUGCCCUCAUGUACGAUGCCGUGUUCGUGCUGGUGGAGGCGUUCUCCAAGAUUAUGCGCAAAAAACCAGACCAGUUCCGGGCGUACACGAUGCGCAAUCGAGGCCAACCGUUCAACCUGCCCACCAACGGGACCCGGACGCUGGACUGCAACACAUCCAAGGGUUGGGUCACCCCGUGGGAACACGGUGAUAAAAUUUCACGCUACCUGCGCAAGGUGGAAAUAUCGGGCCUUACCGGUGAUAUCAGAUUCAACGAAGACGGCAAACGCCAGAACUACACACUGCACGUGGUCGAGAUGACGGUAAACAGUGCGAUGGUGAAGGUGGCCGAAUGGUCGGACGAAGGUGGACUGGCGCCGGUCGUCGCCAAGUACACCCGGCUCAAGACAGACAUGCAUUACGAGCGGAACAAGACCUACAUCGUGACGACCAUCAUCGAGGAACCGUACAUCAUGCUGCGACAGCCCGAACCGGGCGAGACGCUCGAGACGAACGAGCGUUUCGAGGGAUACUGCAAGGAUCUGGCCGAGCUGGUGGCGAAAAAACUCGGCAUCAACUACGAACUGCGGAUAGUGAAGGAUGGUCAGUACGGUUCAGAAAAUCCCGACGUCAAGGGUGGUUGGGACGGGAUGGUGGGUGAGCUUGUACGGAAGGAAGCCGACUUUGCCAUCGCACCCAUGACCAUCACGUCCGAGCGGGAACGCGUCAUCGAUUUUACCAAACCGUUCAUGUCACUCGGCAUCUCCAUCAUGAUCAAACGGCCGGUCAAGCAGAAGCCGAGCGUAUUUAGCUUCCUCAAUCCACUGUCCAAAGAGAUCUGGGUCUGCGUUCUGUUCAGUUACGUCGGUGUCAGCAUCGUCCUGUACAUAGUGUCACGCUUUUCGCCCUUCGAAUGGCGACUAGUUAAUUAUAACGGCGAACAACCGGACGCAGUGCCGCAGGCGACGGUAAAUGAGUUUAGCAUUCUGAACUCAUUCUGGUUCGCUCUGGGCGCCUUCAUGCAGCAGGGCUGCGACAUCUCCCCACGCUCGAUCUCGGGCCGGAUCGUCGGCUCGGUCUGGUGGUUCUUCACGCUCAUCCUAAUCUCGUCCUACACGGCGAACCUGGCCGCCUUCCUGACGGUCGAGCGCAUGGUCACGCCAAUCAACUCCCCGGAGGACCUGGCCUCGCAAACCGAGGUCCAGUACGGCACGUUGAUUCAUGGCUCGACCUGGGACUUCUUCCGGAAAUCACAAAUCUCCCUGUACAGCCGCAUGUGGGAGUACAUGAACUCCCGCAAGAACGUGUUCGUCAAGACGUACGACGAGGGCAUCCGGCGGGUGCGUACCUCGAAGGGCAAAUACGCGCUACUCAUCGAGUCACCGAAGAACGAGUACAUCAACGAGCGGGAACCGUGCGACACGAUGAAGGUCGGCCGGCAUCUAGACGCGAAAGGAUUCGGCAUUGCCACGCCCUUGGGCUCACCGCUAAGAGAUCCGAUCAACCUUGCAGUUCUAUCAUUAAAAGAGAACGGUGAACUCACAAAACUGGUCAACAAAUGGUGGUUCGAUAGGACGGAGUGUAAACACUACGAUAAACAGGACGCGUCUAGGAACGAACUUUCGCUCAGUAACGUUGCUGGCAUCUUCUACAUCCUCAUAGGCGGAUUGCUCGUAGCGCUAGCCGUCGCACUGGUAGAGUUCUGCAUGAAAAGCUCGAACCGGUCGAGCAAUCGCAUACCACUGUCCGACACGAUGACCUCUAACUCCAACUCGAAAAACCGGCUAACGAUGCCCCCGACGGCACGGGAGUACGACAACGGUCGCAUCGGGUAUCCGUUCUAGUACUACACCCCGGCGACACACACCGACCCGGACCCGAUCCAUGCCAACUCGCACACGCAGGUUUGAUGUAAGGAGCCGCCGGAGCUGCGCCUAUGACGUCCACCGUACGCGCCCACCAUCCGGCAGAUUGUGGCCAACAGCCGCCACGAUGCGUCCACGUUGCUGAAGCGCGAAAACGUCCCCGGCGGUGUGACUCCGGUAGUGCAUGACAAUUCCUGUCUAU